CAUGAGCUAGAAACAUCCACUACGUCAUAUGGCAGCUAAUAAUUUAGACAUAGAUUAGUAAAUGUUUGUGGUAAAACUGAUAACGAGUAUCGGUUAGAAUAUCGAUGAGUAACAAAACAGAGUUUAGUGCAGGUAUGAAGGCACACGAGUCGAUUACACGCCGAACACUCGAAACGUCAACCUCGACAGAAGUGGAAAUUAGUUUAGUCAGUGGUUCAUAGAUUUCAGCGAAUCAUUCAUGAAUUCUCUCGGUUGUCGAUGCGAUUUUUCCGAAGAGUCGAAGCAAGAUAAUCUCCAGGACAUCCCACAGUCCAAUGUUCGCCAAUUCAAUUUGAAUCUCGUGUCUCUGUGUCUCGGUGCGGCAAGCAUCGGUUUAACCCUGGGCUGGCCAGAGUCAUCAAUAACAUAUCACGUAAACAUAAUCAAGUGCGAUGACAUAUGCUACGACCUCUCCAACGAUGGCAGCUCAACAAUUCACAUGAUCGUUAACCUGGGAUCAUGUUUGGGUGCCCUAGUGCCAGCUUGUCUCGUCAAUAUAUCGGGUCGUCGUCACAGCUUCUGUAUAUCAGCAAUAUCGAGUAUUAUAUUCUGGCUGAUUCUUGGAAUAGCCAGAGACAAUAUCACACUGAUGCUCGGUGCUGCUGUUGGUGGAUUUUCUGCUGGAUUGUUCAUUGUAACAUCGACGAUGUACGUGGGGGAAGUAUCGUCUCCGGAUCAACGUGGUAUUGUUGGUUCAUUGGCAGCAUUUUUUGCCUACCUCGGUAUCGUUAUCAGCACGACCAUUUCCUCGUUCCAUCCUGAUCAGUUGAUUCCACUCCUCAUGUGCACCGUAUCUGUUGGAUUUUUACUGACGAUAUACUUUUGGAUGAUUGAGUCGCCGUAUUAUAUAUACGAGACUGGCAAAACCCUCGAAGCCAAAUUGGCGUUGAAAGCUCUUCGAGGUGCUCACCACGUGCUGGACGUCGAGUUGGAAUACAAAUCGAUGGAAAAGUUCUUCGACGUCAACGAGAAGAAAUUGCAGGAGAGUGGAAAUCCCCUGAAGCUCGUAUUCUCUUCGAGCAGCCGUCGAAUCCCAACAUCCAUCACGAUGCUGUUGCUAUGCAUCAGCCAAUUAGUUGGUAAUUUCGCAAUGGACUUCUACAGUAAAAGCUUUCUCGAUGACUUUCACCCGAAGAUAUCGAAGAUCUUGAUAGCAUCACUGGAUCUGACAUCCGUUGGCAUCUGCGUGUUCUUCAUUGAGAAACUCGGAAGGAAGCCUCUGCUGUUGCUGUCCAUCGGUGGAUCCAGCAUUUGUUGUCUUGUUUUAGCAAUCGACGUUGCUCUCUAUCAAGCUAAUCACGAGCAUAUGCUCUAUUCCAGUGAAAAACUCGUUACUCUUGGUAUCGUCAUCGUUUAUUACGCCUCGUACUCAUUAGGUGUCGCACCAAUUCUUCCUCUUCUCACAAGUGAAGUCUUCUCCAGCAAGAUGAAAACCAUUUCCAUGAGCAUCUGCUUUUCCGUGUUCUAUUUAGCUGUCAUGAUCAAUCAAGCUGUCUUCGAGAUAAUCAAUUUCAAAAAGGGAUUGUAUGUGGCAUUUUUGUCGUUUACACUUGUUGGAUCAUUUGGCCUUUUAUUCGUUAUUGUGUUCUUACCGGAGACCAGGGCCAAGAGCCUGUCGCAGAUUCAGAAUGAAUUGGCUGAUUAUACGUUCUUCGUGGCUUAGAAAAGAAAUACUGAAUGGGGAGAGGUAAAUCGAGCAGUGAAAUAGCUGUGCUCAACGAAAUACGAUUAUUCAAACGGUGGAGGACAGAAUUACACGUUUGAGGUAAUUUAAUGAAUAAUCUAAAUCCAGUCCUGGUGAAAUGGUAAUGGCAAUUGGUUUGCAACUGGAAAAAUGUUCGAUUGAGAGAAUAAAGAUUUUCACUGUCCCUUUCUUAGUCUCUCAUCGAGAUGGAAGAGGGAAUUGAAAUUUGUAUAAAAGUGACAGGUGUUCAUUUCAACUGCUCGAGCGUCAAAUUCAACGAAUUAUUUUACAAAAAAGUAAAAUUCUAUUCAUUCUCAUUUACAUCUGAAUUUUUCGAAUGUGAAGACUUCACCACAACAGUAUUAAAUCAUCAUUGAUCGCUAGUGCAUACUAUUCAUUUAGAAAAUUGUAAUCAAUUAAUUCAGAAAGACAGAAAAUUGUA